AUGUCCGGCUCCGGCUCCGACAACCUAGGCAAAACCGUCUGCGUCGUCGGCACGGGCGUUAUGGGGCUGAUUGCUGUCAAGAACUUUGUUGAAGAAGGCUUCACCGUCACCGCCUACGAACGCCACGCCUACGUCGGCGGACUCUGGCACUUCACCACCAACGAAACCCAGGCCUCUGUUCUGAGCGGGACGGUGACGAAUGGGUCCAAGUGGCUUGUACGUACAGUGUCGUUCGUUUGUCCCGAUGCGGGAAGUGAUGUCCCUGCGUAUGCGCCUGCGAAGGAUAUCGCGGCGUAUCUGGAGAGGUAUGCGGAGGUGUUUGAUGUGAAGAAGUAUAUCAAGUUUUCGACCAAAGUCGUCAAGGUCGACAGGGAUGAGAAAAGGCGGAAGUGGCUCAUUAGGAGCGUUUCUGCGGAUGCAGAGGACGGUCCUACCGAAACGAGGGAGUUCGACCGAGUCAUCAUCGCGACAGGGCGGCAGCAGAAAUCCGUGACGCCACGCAUAGAAGGCGCCGAUGGAUUCCAGGGCGAGAUGAUCCAUUCGCACGCUUUUAGGGACCCGGAGAAGUAUCGAGGCAAAACGGUCAUGGUGGUGGGAUCUCAUGCGACGGCCGCGGACGUGCAGGAGUUUUGUCUCGAUCGUGGUGCUGAGAGGGUGUAUUUGAGCCAUCGACGGGAGUUUCGGUUGCUUCCUAGGAUCCUCCCGAAUGGCAAACCGCUCGAUACGUUGCUGAGUCGACGUCUGGUGAACAUGGGCGCCACCAUCAAAGCGAUUUCGCCCGCUCUCGCAACAAGCCUGACGGAAAAGCAAUUCGUGCAGCUGCGCAACGAGACGUGGCCGGAGCUGGCAACUCACCCUGCUUUCGAUGGCUCUCGGGGGAAACCAGACAUCGGCACUGGAAACCCGUGUAUCUCUGAAAACCUGGCGCAGAAUCUCAUCCCCGGUAACGUCGAAUCGGUGCGUGCGGUGAAGCGUGUCACAGGUCCCCGAUCGGUCGAACUAGAAGAUGGUCGAGAAAUUGACAAUGUCUAUGCCAUCAUCUGCUGUUUCGGAAGCGAAUUUGAUUUCGAGGUCCUCGUGCCUCCAGAGUAUUGUCCAACGAAUCCCGACCUGGCGCCAGAGCAGUUUGAGAGACUGGCAAAGACCAAGCACUGGCGAGACGAUCUCGUCGUGUGCCGUGCGUACCGCCAAAUGAUCUCGCUCCAGGAGCCGCAUUCGCUCGCUUUCUUUGGGCACGCGUACUUGGUGCAGAGUUCCUUCGCCAUGUGGGAUCUGGUCUCUAUGGCUUUGGCACAGCUCUGGAAAGGCUCCUACCCGAUGCCGUCGUCCUUGGAGAUGCAGCAGGAAUGUGAUGAACACUUCCAGUGGAUCGCUACGAAGCUUAAGCAGGGCGAGAUUGGAAACACCGGCAUUUUGGCCGACUCGGACUUUAAUGCUUGGUUGCACAAAGUUGCUGGGACUGGUCUGCCCGAGAGAGUCGAUAGGUGGGGAUGGGAGGCGUGGAAGUUUUGGUGGUACGAGCGGAAGACGUACUCACUGUUGAUGGACGGCUUGAAUAGUCCUCAUGCGCUGAGGUUGUUCGAGACUGGUCGUAGAAAGGCCUGGCCGCAAGCCUUGCAGGAGAUCGAGAAGGCCAAUCGAGAGGUAGCGGACGGCAUCGAGGAGAGGAAGAAGCUGUCGAGGGGACACCCAAGUGGGAUGAAAGGUCGACGGGAAGCUUAG